AUGGCUUCAUCUAUUUCCUCCUUCCUCUGCUCUAAACUCUUCACUACUCUGAUCCUCACCUUCAUCCUCCUUCCUUUCGUUCCUCAUUCUUCUUCUUCAUCAUCUUCUUCUUCUCAAGUUGAUCACUAUAUCGUCUUCAUGGACUCCAACGCCAUGCCCAAGGUCUUCGCUACUGCACGCCACUGGCACCUAGCCAUUCUGGCCUCCCUGACUGCCGCCCCUGAUAAUCAUCAGGUAGCUUCCUCCAAGCUGAUUCACAGCUACUCCCACGUCAUUGACGGGUUUAGCUGUACCCUGACAAGCUCGGAGCUGGACGCCCUGCGGAAUUCCGACGGGUACCUCCACUCCAUCAAGGACGUCCCGGUCAAGCCCUACACUACUCACUCCGUCGAGUUCCUGGGCCUCCGCGGCAGUGGUGGUUGCUCUGCCUCUGCAGCGUGGGAGGCGUCGAACUACGGCGAGGGCAUGAUCAUCGGGUCGAUCGACUCCGGGGUGUGGCCCGAGAGCCGGAGCUUCGGCGACCACGGGAUGGGCCCGGUGCCGGCAAGAUGGAGAGGCGAAUGCGCCCAAUUCAACGCUUCCUUGUGCAACAAGAAACUCAUCGGCGCCCGAUCCUUCCACCAGGGGCUGGACGCGCGGAACAUCACCAUCGGGAAGAACUCCUCCGCGCGCGAUGACACCGGGCACGGCACCCACACCGCCAGCACCGCCGCGGGGAAUUUUGUCCCCGGCGCGUCCUUCUUCGGCUACGCCCCCGGUGUGGCCAAGGGAGUGGCUCCUCGAGCCCAUGUGGCAAUUUACAAGGUCUUUCAUCAGGACAAGGGUGUAGCCUCCGACGUCACGAAAGCCAUCGAUCAGGCGAUCGAGGACGGCGUGGACGUUCUGUCCAUGUCGCUGGGGCCAAAGGAAGUAGCCACUUCGCUGUACGACGACCCGGUCGCUAUCGCGACGUUUGCAGCGAUGGAGAAGAACGUCUUCGUCGCUAUUGCUGCGGGGAACGGCGGUCCGACUCCAAAAUCGCUCAGUAACAGCAGCCCCUGGACGCUGGUGGUCGCGGCAGGGUCAAUCGAUCGCGAGUUCAGGGCAGAGCUCCAUCUCGGGAACAGAGGAGUCUCUGUUUCCGGGCUGUCCCUUUACCCUGGAAGCUACCUCUCGGCCCAAGCUCCGAUCGUGUUCAUGGGCGAUUGCCUGAACGAGACGGCCACGGCUGGCGAAGCCUUGAAGGGCAAAAUCGUGGUCUGCCAACAUAAGAACCAGAUGCUCGGAUACCAGCUAUCCAACAUCCAGAAUUCCAGCGCGGUCGGAGCCGUUUUCAUAGGACUCGACGCCGAAUUACUAAGAGUGUACGUCGAAGACAACCACAUGAAAACUUGGUUGCCGGCGAUGUUCAUGACGUUAGAGGAAGGGGAGGCGGUGAAGAAGUACAUCAAGAGCAGCAGCAGCAGCAGCAGCAAGAACCCACGAGUAGCGAGCUUGAGGUUCGGAAUCACGAACCUCAACAGGAGGCCAGCGCCAAUGGUUGCCGGUUACAGCUCCAGAGGCCCAUCGCCGGCCUCCCCGUAUGUGCUGAAGCCGGACAUCAUGGGCCCCGGAUCCUUGAUCUUAGCCGCGUGGCCUCCCACCGUCGAAGUCGCUACGGUGACGGACUCGAACCCUCCUUUCUACUCUACUCUGUACUCCGACUAA